AUGCUAGGCCUCAACGCAGCGAAGUUCGCCGAAGACCGCCGCAUCGUCGUCAUCGUGUCAUCACGUCGGCACAAGCUCACUUGGGGAGAGGGCAAGGGGGAAGCGAAUGGGACCUUCAGCGUGCACCACCUAACCCAUACUCGCAUCGUGCAGCUCCAUGAGACCGUCCCGGACAUGGCGAACCCAGUGUUGCAGGGCAUUGUUGCGUUCUUCAUGUCUGAAUUCCGCACGAUGUGGGUGGACUUCCAGACGCGGGGCAUGACGCGCGUGCCUCCAGCUUACACGUGGAGCAGUCAAUCACCUUCAGCCGCGAACACAUUGCAGUGGACGUACGAGGCGCUCUGGGGGGUGGCGACAUCCCACAUUCAGCUCACCUUUUGGCGCACCGGGGGCGUCCCGGACGAGUGGGUGUCUCAGCUACACGCGAUCAACAGCGACAUGCAUGUCGAGAUCGUGGAGCAGCUCGUGGCGAGCCUAAUGGGCCUGCAGCGGAAGCUGGACAAGUUGGAUCUUCCCGGCUUCGUUCUGGAAGCAGUGGACUAUGCGACAUGGGAUGACGAGGUGGACAGUGAUAUGGCCGAAGUCAUACCCAAGCCUGUCAGCCGUCUGGUGGACAAUUAUAGCAGUGUCGGCCCCGGUGCCAUACUUACUCACCGAGGUGAGACUCUUAACGCAGCCACCAUUUUGAGGGCGCUGGACCCAUUCCUGGGCAGUGGAAGGCGCAGCCCCUAA